ACGUCAUCGGAUGAAAUUAAACAUGGCCGACAGUGAGUAAUAGAUGGCGAAAGUUAGCGAAAAUCGUUGGUAAAGUCCGGGAACUUCUCAGUGUUUGCUGUAGGUAUUUGAACUUUAUAGUGCGUUGUUACUGUAAAUUUCAUAUUUGGACGCAUCUCUCGCAUGAACUGGAGAUUUAGAUCAAGUUUGUUCGUCCGUAAAGGCCUUACUAAACUGGGCAUUAGCCCGCAGUGUUAGCCACGUUAGCACCGAACCAGCGCCUGCUUUUGUUUUUGUUACGGGGUAUGUGCUAGUGGGCUGUCAUUGUGAAGCCUUUAAGCCCUUUUUUUAUUUGGCCUUAUUUCUUAAAAAGCUACCGCCUUUUCUGGAGUGGACUGUGUAGUUGAUUAGAUUAACUUCAUCUUUUUUAUACAGUAUCGCGGGUGGGGUCCAGCCCGUCUCGCAGCGUGUUGGCAGCGUUGUUUUCAUUAAAGGCCAACUUAGAAUCAGAGCCAUACUUCUUACAAAACUGACGGACAUUUACUCGCUUUUUAGCUGCCGGACUGUGCCUGUGUAUGAACAUUACGCCCAGGAAAUAUGGAUUCAAAGCGCGCACACGGCAAACCUCAAACGGGCGGCGACGGCAGCAGCGGUGACUCCAGCUGCGGCAGCCCCGCGUCCCCGUGCAGCAGCCCCGCACCGGCAGCCAGCACAGCCCCGGUGCCCGGGGGCAACGUGUUCGCUAACGACGGCAGCUUCAUGGAGAUGUUCAAGAAGAAGAUGGAGGAGGAGGAGAGGAGGAAAAAGGAGAUGCAGCAAACAGGUGGAGCCGCGAGGGCCACCGAGCAAGGACAGACAUCAGUGGAAAAGAAGCCCCCUCCCGUGACGAGCUUUGUGGGGAAGCGCAGAGGCGGUGUGUUCCUAAAGACCGGCAUGGUUGCGAAGAAGCAGAAACAGGACUCAGAAGCUGAACCAGGCAAGAGCGAUGCUUGGUCAAAGUACAUGGCUGAGGUGAAAAAGUACAAAGCCCACCAGUGUGGCGACGAUGAUAAAACCAGGCCUCUGGUCAAGUAGGCUCCCAAAAGGUUAACGUGGAGUGACAAUGUCGAGAGGGGAAACCAUCUGGGAGAAGCACCAGGAGGGCCGGCCAAUCCUGACCUUCUCAUACUGCCAGUUCAAGUUACCCUUCACAUCAAGUCUUUCACAAACUGCUUAGACUGACACCCCUCUCCCCGUUUUUGUAUCAUUUUUUUUUUCUUUUUUUGUCUUGCUUGUUAUUUGUCGGACGUCAGUGAUUUGAUCUGGUGUCAAAAGGUGUUUCAGAAACUUGACUUUCAUUAUUCAUCGUUGUUGAAUCUUCUCAAAUUUGUCAUGUCUGUUUAUGUUAGGGUUCAUUGAUAAAUUUGAUUUGUUAAUAGUCAAAUCAAGGUUUCAAUUAAACCUACACUGCCUAUUUA